UUAUUGUGGUACUCGUUCCAUUGGUAACCUUGCAGCGUCCCAGUCUGCUUUAUCCUCGUCUCUUCGCACGUCGGAGCAUCUUUCUAACGAUGGCAGUUCGCGCAAUGGGAUCCGAGCUCCAUGCUCUGGACUCGUCCAACCUGCAGGAGCACCUCUCGCGCCUGAACAUCCACUCGAUCCCCAAUUACACGAGAUUGACAGGCAUCAUUUGCACGAUUGGACCCGCCUCGCGAGAAGUCCCCACCCUCGUGCAGAUGAUGAAGGCUGGAAUGAACAUCGCUCGACUCAACUUCUCCCACGGAACCUACGACUAUCACGCUGGCACCAUCAAGAACGUUCGCGAAGCCAAUCGAAUCGUCAACGAGCAAAUAGCUCCAGACAAUGUGUUUGUGGCCAUUGCUCUUGACACCAAGGGACCCGAGAUCCGAACUGGUCUCCUUACCGGUGGGGCAUCCGCCGAGGUCGAGUUGCUGAAAGGUGCUACCAUCGAUGUCACCACGGAUGAAUCCUUCAAAGAGUCCUGCUCUGAGAAGAAGCUUUUCGUCGACUACAAGAACAUAACCAAGGUGGUGGCUACUGGUCAGAAGAUUUUUAUCGAUGACGGACUGAUCUCACUCGUGGCUCAGCAAGUCACAGCGGACACGAUCACUUGCGUCAUCGAGAACGGUGGGCUCCUCGGCUCGAAGAAAGGCGUCAAUCUGCCCAACGCGGAUGUCGACUUGCCGGCGGUCUCGGAGAAGGACAAGCAAGACUUGCAAUUCGGAAUUGAGCAGGGGGUCGACAUGGUCUUCGCAUCGUUCAUCCGUAACGCCUCAGGCGUGAAGGAGAUCCGCGAGAAACUAGGUUCGGCAGGCAAAGAUAUCCUGAUCGUUUCGAAGAUCGAGAACGAUGAGGGCUGUCGCAAAAUCGACGAGAUCAUCGCAGCAUCGGAUGGCAUCAUGGUCGCCAGAGGCGAUUUGGGAAUCGAGAUCCCAGCUGAAAAGGUCUUUCUAGCUCAGAAGAUGAUGAUCGCCAAGUGCAACAUGGUCGGCAAGCCAGUCAUCUGUGCGACCCAGAUGUUGGAGUCGAUGGUGAAGAAACCUCGUCCCACGCGAGCUGAGGGUAGCGACGUCGCAAAUGCGGUCCUCGACGGAGCUGACUGCGUGAUGUUGUCUGGAGAGACAGCCAAGGGCGACUAUCCGCUCGAGACGGUGAAAAUCAUGUCGAAGAUUUGCUGUGAAGCUGAAGCUGCUUUCUUCCAAAAGGAUGUUUUCCGGCACUUGUCCGAAAUGACUCCUGUCCCUACGGACUCCUCCCACACCGUUGCGAUUGCUGCUGUUGCCGCAUCGGUCAAGUGUCUGGCCGGAGCCAUUAUCGUUGUCACUACCACUGGAAGGACAGCCCAUUUAGUUGCCCGUUACAAGCCCCGUUGUCCAAUCGUCGCCGUGUCCAGGUCGGAGCAGACCGUGCGCCAAGCGCAUCUGCAUCGAGGCAUCUUGCCUCUGCACUACGCCGGGGAACGCGGCAGCGAUUGGCCUCAGGAUGUUGACAAGCGGAUCGAGUUCGCCCUCACUGUCGGCAAGACCCGUGGUUUCCUGAAGACAGACGAUUCGGUCAUUGUUAUCACCGGUUGGCGGAAGGGCGCCGGAGCGUCCAACACGCUCCGAGUCGUCUCGGUGCCUUGAGCGCAAACUCUCCCUUCGGCUUCACAAGCUCGCGGGAGUCAUGGAAGCUAGUAGAAUCGAUGAGAUGAAUGCCUACUUCUCAGUAAACUUGAAUUAUUUUAGAAUCCCGCAACGGAUUCUGUAGCGGUGAAAUCUAGCGUAAUCUAAAGCGAUUUCGAGGACUUUGUGAUUUUCCUUCAAGAGGAGAGCGCGGCAUUCUAUCUCCAGGAAAUACGGAAUGACAGUUGCGACGAAUGUUUUCGUUUCUCCCUCCCAUAUCAGCGAGCGAGUGCGGUUUGAAUUUGAAUGAGUCCCACCGCCUUCACAAUCAAUUCCAGCUCUCCCGUCCCUAAUUUAUUCAUUUACAUUCUCUAACACCCGUCGAGAGAUGUAAUCAUACUCGUCGUUAGGCUCAUGGCCGUAAUGACAGCGUGGACGAGAAUGGUUGUAGUGGAGACUGCCGUGAGCAGGCGAUAGCAUAAUAAAACUUGUUUGCGUCGAGUUGGGCAUGCGU